UACGUAACCGGCGUAACGUGCACGAGCCAGGCUAGCGGUGAAGGGUUUUGUGGGUCAUGGGGGAGGAAGGUAAAUAAAAGCGGGGAGCUAAUAGCACUCAGCGACUGGUUUCGGACGGUUGCUGGAAAAUUUGUUCGGACGGAGGUGUGAGAGCGGGACAAGAGAGGACAUACCGCCGGAGGGAGGGACUGUCGCUCGGAUACAGCAGCAGCUGUCGGCGGUGAGUUUGCAGGUGGUCUGAUUGGGUUUGCCUCAUCCUUGUGUUGCCAUGGCGAUGCGUGAGUUGGUGGAGGCAGAAUGUGGGGGAGCCAAUCCCCUCAUGAAGCUGACCAGUCACAUGACCAAGGAAGGGGGGCCAUGGCGGAACGCCACAGCACCUCCAAUUCACCCCACUCCCAUUGAAAUUGCAACUGAGGAAGAUCUCGUUAACGAGUUCCUUCAGGAACCUCCACGCCCUCCACAGACCUUUGACAUGGGUCAGCUGUUAGAGGAAAUGCAGCAGAUUGACCAGCAGAGCUACAGACAAGCUCCACAGAGAGCUCCUGAUGUGGCAGCGCUGGCUCUCUCUGGUGACUGGGUGGAGGAGUUCCUCCAAGGCUCUGACUCUGCCUCCGCCCCGGGGCUCAUUGCGCUUGGUGAUACUGCAGAUGCUGAUUGGACGAAAGAAUUUAUUGCCGAGGCAGCAGAUCCUGGCCGCUGGGCAGAAGAGUAUCUGGAGCAGUCUGAGGAGAAGUUGUGGCUGGGGGAUCUUGGAGACAAGGCAAAUGAAUGGACUAAGGAGUAUCAAGCAGAAGACGAGCUGAGGCAGACAGCCAAUGAGCUUGUCUCAAAGGUUGAUGACCCCAAGUUACAAAACACAGAGUUCCUGCGAUUCAUUAGGCAAAUUGGCGAGGGCACUGUGACAGUGGAGAGCAAGACAGACAAACAGCUCACAGAUAAAGCUCAGGCCGAGAAUGCUCAGAACUGGGCCUCCAACCUCAACCAGGUGUCAGAGGAGUCGGCUGAAGCCUGGGUAGAUGAGUUCGCUACAUCAGGACCUGAUUUUCAACAAGCGAAAGCUGCAGUGGAGAGUGAUGUGGAUUUCUGGGAGAAGCUGCAGCAGGAGUGGGAGGAGAUGGCGAAGAGAGAUGCAGAGAGUCAUCCCUGGCUGUCUGACUUCGAUCAGCUACUCAGCACUUCUUAUGACAAGGGUUAUCAGUUUGAAGAGGAGAACCCCUACUUAUCCCACCCGGACCCUUUGUCAGAGGGAUUGAAGAGGAUGGAGGCAGGGGACAUCCCUGGUGCCGUCCGGUUCUUUGAAAGUGCUGUGCAGAAGGAACCAGACAACCAGCUGGCUUGGCAAUAUCUGGGAACCUGUCAGGCAGAGAAUGAGCAAGAAUUUGCCGCCAUCAGCGCCCUCCGCAGGUGUAUAGAGCUGAAGAACGACAACCUGACUGCCCUCAUGGCGCUGGCUGUCAGUUUCACCAAUGAGUCACUGCACAGGCAGGCCUGUGAGACUCUUCGUGACUGGCUAAAGCACAAUCCAAAAUACCACUCUGUUUGGGAGCAGAGUGAGCGCGAACGCUCCAAAGACGGCUCCAAAGAAAGGGAGAAGGACAGAGAGAGGUUCGGGUCAUUGCUGCCAGAGUCUUUGUUUACUGACGUCCAGUCCAUGUACCUGCGAGCAGCCAACGUUGACCCUACCCAGGUGGACCCUCAGCUUCAGUGCGGUCUCGGCGUCCUCUUCAACCUCAGUGGAGAGUAUGACAAAGCGGUGGACUGUUUCAGCGCUGCUCUCUCCGUCACUCCACAGGACUAUCUGCUGUGGAAUAAGCUGGGCGCCACGCUAGCCAACGGAAGCCGCUCAGAAGAGGCUGUGGCCGCCUACAGGAGAGCACUGGAACUGCAGCCUGGCUUUGUACGCAGUCGCUAUAACUUGGGAAUCAGCUGUGUAAACUUAGGGGCGCAUAGAGAGGCAGUGGAGCAUUUCCUUGAAGCUUUAUCUCUCCAGCGCCAGGCUGUAGAGGAUGGAGCGAGAGCUCCGAGGGGUCCCGGAGGAGCUGCGGCCACUAUGAUGUCCGACAAUAUCUGGUCCACCCUGCGCAUGGCUCUCAGCAUGAUGGGAGAGAGCUCUCUGUACGCCGCGGCCGACAGGCGAGACUUGGACACCUUGAUGGCUCAUUUCUGUCAGAGAGAGGUGGAUGGUGGGACUGAAUGAGGACCUGCCAGGGGAGGGCUCAUUGAGUGUGAAUGUUUUUUGCUGGGAGGUAAAUGUAUGAGUGGCUGAAUGAAGCUGAUUGAAUGGAGGAAUGAAGGAGACAUGGUACAGCUAACGGUUAAAAGGAGAUGAUCAAGGAACACACUGUGAAGUGAUCAAAGUGCUCAUCAUCAUCAUCAUCAUGUGGACGUGUGUUUAAAAGUGUUGCAGUAUCAGGCUUCACCUGUAGAGAAGCAGGCAGCAGUAAUCCAGUCAUGAACUGUUUCACACGUUCAGCAGUCACUGGAUUUCCUCCUUUGUUGAUCAAGAGAACCAGACUGAAUGAUUUUAACUUGAAAAUCUUUCUCAUAGAAGAAGAGAAACAAGAAUAAGUGUGGUUUAAUCACUAAUUUGUUCACCAUCCAGCAAUGUUAGUUUGUGUUAAGACACUCAGUCCUCUCCCUGUCUUUAUUCACAGUUAGGUGGCCUCUGAGUUUAUCUAUUACUGUGUUGAUGUUGUUCCUACAGCGUCUCGUUAACUUUGCUUCAGGACCACCAUUGCAACCGGACAAUCACAUUGUUGUAUUAUCUUAGCUUUGCAACUUGGGAACAAGAUGUACACAAGAGUCUGGUAGGGACAACGCUGUGGUUCAUGAAUGGGUGAAACAUAAGACUUUCACCCAGGAGACUGAGGCUUGUAGUCCUUGUUCAUGUGAGACUUAGUUGACUGCUUUUCAUUUUGAAAAGUAUUUACUUCAGUCACUUUGGUUAGGUGUAUAAAAUGAUAGUGUUUUCGGUAGCAAAAGAUGCUCUUGUGUUCAUAUUAGAACUUUGUGAAGGCAAGCAUCUUUUUUUUCUCCCUCCUCAGGUGCAAAGCUAUGAUAUUAAAUGACUGCAGUCAGUAUAUAUAAUGCUUUCUACACUACAAGCCCUGUUUUAUCAAUUCACAUGCCUCUUCAUACGAAGGACUGGAUGAGCCAGUGGUCUAACCAGCCCUUCCAAUUUGUAGACGACCCGCUCUACCUCCAGAGCUGCAACCAUCCCUGAUUGCAACGGUGUGAUUGAUCAGUGAUGGUCCUGAUGGAGGAACAACACAGCAAUUAUCAGAUGUGUGUACUCUCUGCGGUUAUGUACACUCAAGGUACAAGACCUCUGACAUUAAAGAGUGCUGCUUAUGAUCCAAGGUGCUCAGCAGGCAGAAGGAUUACAGAUUAUGCCAUUUCAAAGUAGAAAUACAAGUCAUAAGUGCUACAGCUCUUUUGUUAUACUUUAUUUAAUUUUUUAGUAAUCAUUAUCAUGCCAGGAUAAUGAACUGAUAACCAGCGGGACUGUUACUCAAAUGAUAAGGUGUGUUUGUGUGUGGGUGUGUCUCUGUGUGUGUGUGGUUCUGGUGAGAGACAUUAUGUCAAUGAGAGUAGCUUUUCUGGGUUCCGUGCUCUUUUUCAUAUUGCUCCUGUAAAACUACUUGCUUCAUUGUAAAAUAAUGCUCUAUGCCAUACUGUGUAUUGUAACAUAAUUGAUGCACUAUAAUUGUUUUCAGGCUACUUAUAUCCUGACAGCAAUGUUUAAUAUAAUAUUCAGCAAUAAAAGCUUUGAUUCCAGA